UCACUCACUCCAUUUAUGGCGGAGCUACGACGGCUCUUCAUCAUCCCCACAACAACAACUCGACCUCAAUUGAAAUUAGGGUUUCUCUGCAACUCCUUGACCAAACGAUUCACCUCACUUCGUUUCCCAAUUUCAACAAUGGCCUGUGUCGAGACGAAGAUCAACAACAGUUCCGAUGCCGUCACCGAACCGUCACCAAAACUCCAAAAGCUCGAUCGAAACGGAAUCCAUGGCGAAUCUUCAUCACCUUUCUUCAAAGUGAAGAAAAUCUCCGAGAAAGCUGUUUUACCAACAAGAGGCUCAUCUCUCUCCGCUGGAUACGAUCUCUCAAGCGCGGUGGAUUCUAAAGUUCCGGCGAGAGGCAAAGCGCUAAUCCCGACGGAUCUCUGCAUCGCUGUACCAGAAGGAACAUACGCAAGAAUAGCUCCGAGAUCUGGUUUGGCUUGGAAACAUUCGAUCGAUGUUGGAGCUGGUGUGAUUGAUGCUGAUUACAGAGGACCCGUUGGUGUGAUUUUGUUUAAUCAUUCUGAUGUUGAGUUCGAUGUGAAGUUGGGUGAUCGAAUCGCGCAGUUGAUUAUCGAGAAGAUUGUGACUCCUGAUGUUGUGGAGGUUGAAGAUUUGGAUGAUACUGUUCGUGGUGAAGGUGGCUUUGGCUCUACUGGUGUUUGAAGAAGCUUCGUUUUAAGUAUGUGUCUUAGUUUUAAUUUAGGGUUAUUUCGUCGAACAGUUUGUGGGCAUGGCUGUAAUAUCUCUCUCUUUGGUUUAUCUAUUUAAGACUAUCUUAUCAAAA